AUGAUGCAAGGAUUUCCCUCCUUAGGGGAAAAGGACCCAGCUGCCAAGCCACCAGCAGAGGGAAAACCGACCUCAGCUUCGGGAGAGAAACAACCGAGCGAAGCAGUACAGGGAAUACCGCUAUACCAAGGUGAUGGUGAUGAUAAAGAAGGAUUGAAACGUUUUGUGGUACAGGGGUAUAAGGAUGUGUGGGCUGCAAUAUUAUACAUUUUAUGCAUUUUCGCCAUCGCUGGAAUCGGAGUACACGCAAUGUGGUCGAGAGGCUCCUCCGAAGAAAAACAAGAGGUUAAAAAAACAACAGCAGAAAAUGAGCCUUCAAAUUCAAAGUCCCUUUGGAGUGUCUACUUUCUUGUUGGUGUGGCUGCUGCCGCUUCCAUCGGUGCGGCGUCCGUGUCGUUUCUACUGAUGCGUAUGUUUCCACGCAAGACAAUUCUUUUCGCAAACAUUGCCGCCAUAAUUAUAAACAUCAUUUCAGCUUUGCUAGCAAUAUUAUCAGGACACAUGGUAAGCGGUAUCCUCAUGAUGACAUUAUGUGCCCUGCACAUAAUGUGGUUUUUCUUUGCACGGCACCGAAUUCCUUUUGCUGCAGAACUUCUCAAGGCCUCUAUCGAUGUGUUGUCUGGCUACAAGGCGGUAUAUUUAUUCAAUGUCAUGUUAUGUGUUGGUUGCACAGGAUUACUUAUGCUGUGGGCAAACGCUUUUAUGUGGACGUAUCAAAGAAGUCAAGCGCAAGAUUCAUCAUUCUCCGGUAUAAUUUACCUUUUCCUUAUGCUUUUCUUAUUUUGGACAUCGCAGGUGACAACUAAUCUGAUGCAUGUAACAACUGCUGGACUUACUGCUACAUGGUACUUUGCUGGUAAGGAGAAUAUGCCAAAGAAUCCCACCCUCGCCUCAUUCAAGCGAGGUACCACCACAAGCUUCGGCUCCAUUUGCUUUGGGUCACUGCUUGUGGCAAUUAUCCGUCUCAUACGGUGGCUCGUGUCAACCGCAGAAGACAGUGAACAUGAAAUAUUACGCUGUGUAUUCCUUUGUAUUAUUGGUUGUUUGGAGAGGCUGAUGGAAUACUUCAACACAUACGCAUUUGUUCAUGUUGCCAUCUAUGGUUGUGGGUACAUUGAAGCAGCGAAAAUGACAUGGGAGUUGUGUAAACAGUGUGUGUUUUCUGCCCUGUUCAAUGACACUCUGAUUGAUGUAACACUCGGGCUACUUGCUACUUGUGGUUCGCUACUGGUUGGUAGUGUUUUUGGUUUUCUCUUAAAAUCCUGGGCAGCAUUCGCGCUUGGUUUUGCCGUUUCUAUAUUGGUUCACCUCCUCAUAUUCUCCCCCGUGGGUAGUGCUGUAACCACCUUAUUCGUAUGUUAUGCGGAAGUGCCUGAGGGCCUUGAGCACUCAUCCCCUGACUUGUACGCGGCUCUUCAGAGAACUGACCAAAACGGCACAUCAAAUGGAGCAGCACCUCCACGUGUGUAA